GUGGGCGUGGGAUUUUCCCUCCGCUCUUCCGGGUUGACUGCGACGUCGAACACUUUCCACGUAUUAGACGCCGCGUACGGACGCAAUAUUGGAAAGUGACCUGUUGACCUGUCAUCAUGGUGAUCCGAUGUGGUCUAGUCACUGUCAACAAGGAGCCAGUUCCUCUGAAGGGCAUUGAAGUGGAAGUUGAGGUGAAGGACCACGUGGCCACUGUGGUCUCCACGCUGCACUAUGAGAACAAGGAGGACAAAGCCAUAGAGGCCAUUUUUGUCUUCCCUCUGCCUGCUGAUGCUGCUGUUUGCCAUUUCAGUGCCAAGAUUGGACAAACUGAGAUUGUAGCUGAUGUGAAGGAGAAACAGGAAGCCCGAGAGGAGUACGACGAUGCGGUGAGCUCUGGUCAACAGGCCUUUCUGCUGGAGGAGAGUGAGCAGAGCCCAGAUAUCUUCUCUCUGAGUGUGGGCAGUCUUCCUCCAGGAGAGAGCGCCUCCAUCAGGCUGGAGUACGUCACCGAGCUGGCUGUGGAAGCGGACGACGGGCUGAGAUUUUGUCUGCCUGUGGUGCUCAACCCUCGCUACCAACCUCAAGGGAGUGAAGGUCGCGGCAUCCAGGUGACAUCUGUUCCCGCCUCUCUAGUGCCUUACAGUCUGUCCUUCUCUGCCCGGGUGUCCUCCCCUCGUCAGGUCUCCAAAGUGGACUCCAAGUGUUCCCUGGAGCCCCUGCAGUACCUCAACAAGGAGCAAACCCAGGCGCUCAUUAAACUGGCUGCAGGACACAAGUUUGACAGGGAUGUCGAGCUGUUGAUUUACUACAAGGAUGCUCACCAGCCAACUGCUGUGGUGGAGGCAGGAAAGCCGUCCGCCAAGCCUGGCACACUGAUGGGGGAUGCGGUGGUGAUGCUGAGUCUGUACCCUGAGUUCCCCCAGGCAGUGAUGUCUUCACUUGCCACAAGUGGAGAGUUUGUGUUCUUACUGGACCGAUCCGGAAGUAUGCAAGGUGCUCGCAUCAGCAGUGCCAGGGAUACUCUGCUGCUACUUCUGAAAAGCUUGCCAGUGGGCUGCUACUUCAACAUUUACAGUUUUGGCUCCUCCUUUGAACAUAUCUUCCCUAACAGUAUGGAGUACAGUGAGAAGACCAUGGAACAGGCUCUGAAAAAAGUCAAGGAGAUGCAGGCUAACCUGGGAGGAACAGAGAUACUUCACCCCCUCCAACACAUUUACAGCCAGCCCUGCAUUCCCAGUCAACCACGACAACUCUUUGUUUUCACUGACGGCGAAGUGGGGAACACCAAAGAGGUUACAAGCUUGGUGAAGAAGAAUUCUAGUUCCCACAGGUGUUUUUCUUUUGGGAUUGGACAAGGAGCCAGCACUGCUCUCAUCAAUGGUUUGGCUAAGGAGGGAAGAGGUCAUGCUCAGUUCAUCACAGGUGCUGACAGGAUGCAACCAAAGGUGAUGCAGUCACUGCAGUUUGCGUUGCAACCAGCAGUGGAGGACAUCUCGGUCACAUGGGAUUUGCCAAAGGGAGUGUCUGUCACGCCUCUGUCUCCGCCAUUCACAAAUAUUUUCCAGGGUCAACGGUCGCUCAUUUAUGCUCAACUCACUGGACAGAGUUCGGAGGAAACUGAUGAUUGUGUAACUGUGAAGUACAGCCUGGCAGGCCAUCUUUUCCAGAGCAAGCUUGGCUUCACUCUACAACCCACAGAGGACACUGGAUUAACAGUCCACAGGCUAGGUGCUCGAACUCUGAUUCGUGAUCUGGAGACCAAGGAGACAGAGAAAGAUGGAGAAGUGAAGAAAAAGGUGGUGGAUGUCAGCAUCCAAUCAGGAGUGAGCAGCUCCUUCACCGCCUUUAUUGCCAUCAACAAAGGCAGCAGGAAAGCCAUUCAAGGACCUCUGCUGCACAGACGUAUUCCAGUAGCCCGCAUUUGCUCUACAUCACAGCGUCCAUCUUCAGGCAUUUGCUCUACAUCACAGCGUCCAUCUUCAGCUACGUUCUGUGCCCUGGGAGCUCCAGCGAAAGUGAAAAAAGGAAGGAGAGAUCUUUUUAUGAUGAAAAGUCCGUUCUGUCCCCUGAAAAGCGUUGCGGAUCCCAUCUUUUGUGGAGGAGUACCGUGCAACAGUGCUGAAUCUUCCAACGAGAAACCCCGAGACCCUUUGCUGCAGUUGGUCUCCCUUCAGAAGGCGUCAGGCUGCUGGGAGCUAAACCCGGCUCUGGCUGCUGUGCUGCACAAGACCAACAAGCAGGUGGAACAGACCAAGCCAGCAAAGGUGAACGGGAAUGUAUGGGCCACCGUUCUGGCUCUGGUCUGGCUCCAUGGGUUGAAGUCGGAUGCUCAAGUCGAAUGGAAGCUUCUUGCUCGUAAGGCUGUGUCAUGGCUGGUGGCUCAGAAUGCACCCUGUAUGACAGAGUGUGUCAUUGCUGGAAACACUCUGUUGGGCUGCUCCGUGGAAAAAGAUGUCCUGGGCCUUUAAGGUGUCCAAUACAAUGAUGGGCCUUCUGCUGAUUUACUCCCGUUGCUCUGCACUAUUUGCCAUUCCUCCACAUUUGGUUGUUAAUUGGUCUUUAGCAAGUGUGCCUUUUAUUAUUUUCCUUUAUAAUGUAGUCAAAAUAUUAAAAUUGAUUAUUUACAGUAUAUUUUUAUGGUUUACAUAUACAAAGGUGUUAUGGUCGUCUUGAGACUACAGGUGUGUCUCUAAAGAAGGUAAUAUGAAACUAAGAAACAGGUACAACAUUGUGUCGCACAUGACUAUGGCCAGAUGUUGAUCUUGAAUAGGAUUCAACACUCUGUUUAUGUUUUCACUGAUCUUUCCUCUUUCACUAUUUAAAAAUAAAGAUUCCAUCUCAGCUUCA